AUGCCACCUUUCCCUCAACAGAGUGGACCUGCCUGCGUCCCGAGACGGGCGUCAGGCUUUGCCGGUCUGGGCCUGGGCCUGGAUACGACGAAUUCCACUCUUGCGGACUCGGAUGAGCGACCGGGGUGCGAUGAGUUCCAAUUCUCGACCUUUUUGAUAGGCAACUUGAGCAUAUUCUUCGGCGUCAUCUUCCUUUUCAUCAUCGUGGGCUGGGCCAGCAAGGUCGAGCUCGGAUGGGGUUGCCGACUUGUCUGCCGCUGCUUUGACAAGGCGCGAAACGCAUUCACCAAGAUGAAGAGCGUUGCGAUGCGACGGAAUGGUAUCCCAGAGGAUGUCAGCGAUGCUGCUGCCGUGGCUACGAGAACUUUACCGACGGGUCAUGGUCAAAAAGCUGCCAGUUCGUUGUCGGACGUUGAACUUGAUGUUAUGGGAACGCCGGUCGAAGUGCGGGUUACGGAGUGCACCGGCGAGGGGAAAGUGUGA